AUGAAUUCUUACAUCCUCAACAGGACUUUGGGGUCCAUCCAUCCGUCCACAUUCCAUGUCGCGCAGACCACUCGCCUAGUGCAGAACCUUGAGCCUGCGCCCGGUAUACGCUUCUCCAGUCAGCACCACUCUCCAUCAGCGCAUGGCCGAUCCGAACAGCAAUUCGAUGGGUUGCAGAGCUUGGAGGAAGAGACAUUUGCUCACAAAGCUGGGGUGAAAGUGCUUGCCAUUGAUCAGAAUGAAGGUCGAUUCAUGGUAUCUGGCGGCGCAGACCCGUCCAUUCACCUCUGGGAUCUAGAAUCACGCGGAUCGGAGCUGAAGCAUGUCCACCGCUCCGUGGCAUCCGUCAACAAAGCGUCGCACGAAGACGCGCACACGCGCGCCAUCACCUCCAUCUCGAUUUACCCAUUCGACCCGACCCCGUCGACGAUCCUGAGCACCGCGCACGAUGGCACGCUCAAGCUCUCUGCACUGGCCCCAGAGGCCAUCAUCCCGGUGCACACGUUCAACCUGGACUGCACACCAUACGCACACGCCAUGUCCUCGCAUCCGGGAGCCCCCUUGCUCAUCGCCGUGGGCACCUCAGAGAAGGCGGUGCGCCUCCUGGACCUGCGCUCGGGGUUGUCGACGCACGGGCUCCCCGGCCACGGGUCGGUGCUGUCCGUGGCAUGGGCGCCGCACCAGCCCCAUAUCCUGGCUUCGGCGUCUACCGACAACCGAGUGAUCCUCUUCGACAUCCGGCGCGGCGGGCACAACUCCGCCAUCGCCGCCCUGGACAUGGACGACGCGAUGGGCCUAGUCCGGCCCGCAACCGCCCCGACUUCCUACCAACCUCGCCCGGCCUACUCGCCGCACGCGCGCGCGCACAACGGCGCCGUAACAGGCGUCCGUUGGACCUCGACCGGCUCGCACCUCGUCACCGCGGGCCAAGACUCCCGCAUCCGCGUUUGGGACGCCGGCACGGGGGCGAACACCCUCGUGCACUUCGGGCCGCGGGUCCGCAACAGCGCCUCCUCGCACCUGGCGGAGCGAGCGCCCUUGGUCGUGCCGCAGGGCCUCACGGCGGCAGGGCAGGAGACGCUGCUGUGGCCGAACUUCAACGAGAACGGCGACCGGGGCGAGAUCUUCAUGUUCGAGCUCCGCGAGGGCGCGUUUAUCAAGCUCCUUCGCGUGCCGGGGCUGUCGACCGCCGCCCACCAACUCCGUGGCCGCUCGACUGCAUUGAGCGCUGCGCGAAUCAACUCGCUGGCCUGGCGCGGCAAUGGGGCAUCCGGCGAGGGGAUCGAGAUGUUCUCCGCGCACGGUGACGGCACCAUCCGUAGCUGGGUGUCACGCGAACCCGAUGACGAGCCCGACGAAGAAGAGGAGGCCGAGCGCGCCGAUCGCAAGCGCAAACGCGAUGUUCUGGACGAGAUCUACCGAGGAUUCAUCGGCUAG